GGUGCUCGUCUGCUACAAUAUGGUUUGAUAAAUCAGAUGUUGCAACGUUGUGUAAGGCAGCAUUUUGUGCCGUGUAUUCCAUACACAAUCACCGUAAUCCAAUAACAGGUUGAUUUUUUUAGGGUUGAAUUCUGGUGUUAAAGCAACAUUAAGUGCCGAGUAUUCUUACUCAGGUCAAAAGAAAAGAAAGAAAAUGGCAUCCAAGGAUACAAAUAGUCAACUUCUUGGAAAAGAUGAAAUUGAUAACUGCAGAGUAGUAGAUUCCCAGAACAAUGCAAAGACAGUUGCCCCAUCUGCAGAUAAUACAAAAGCAAAAACCAGCAAACCCAAGGAGAAAGUAGGCAGUUAUACACAGUUGUUAAGACAGCAUCAGAAGAAAUCACCAAGAAAUAUGGAGGAUCCAGAACAGAAGAAGUCUUCAAAAGCAGCGAAGAAAAAGGUUUGUGAGAUGAUUGUGGAAUCCACACAGAGAUCUGUAGAGAACGAGGGACGAAAAUGUAGUGGAAUGGACGAUACCACUCCGACAGGAAACAUUGCCUCUAGUACUCCCAUAAGUGAUGGUUCUAAAUCUUCUAAUGAAACAUACCCAGAUGUAAAAAGUGAACUAAGUUCAUUAAGUGUAAAUGUUGGCAAAAAUGACAGCCAUUUGGUUGCUGGAUCACAGGCUGAAUUCAAAGAUGGAGAAAAGAGUGCCAAAAGUAAGUCGGAGAAAAGGCCAGAUAGUGGAAAAUCUAAACAGAAUCCUCAAGGUGCUGAAAGCUCAGGGGAGAGGCAGAAAAAUGAAAAGGGAGGCAUGAAAGGAGAUAAAAGGAAAGAACUGCUGGACAAAACUGAUAGGCCCAAAAGUGGGAAAAGUAGACAAAAUAAUAGAAGGAAUGAAGAAUUCGUAGACAAUGUAUUAGAAAGUAGAGAGGAAGAAUCCAGUGGAAAGAAAAUGAAAAGAAACAAAUAUAAACAAGAUGGAAAGGAAAGUGAAAGUAGAUCUACAAGUGGAAAUGAAAAUGAAAGUAAACACAAUGAGCCAGAAGCAGAGAAAAGUGGAGACUGUAGACCAAGAAGUGGAAAGUCCACUAAGGGCAGAAAUCCACAAGGAGGUCCUAAGAAAGAAUUAAGUGAGAAACUGGACAACAAUUCACAGAGAAGGGGACAUAAUAGAGGGAAACAGAACAUGAAAGGCCAGCAGCAAAACAACAACAGAGGACAAUCCUCCAAAUUCCAGCCAGCGUUUGAACCAUACUGGUCAAAAGAGGAGGUUUCUGCUGGACUCAAGCGAGGAGAACUGCUACAGGGACAAUUUAGGAUUAAUGUGAAGAAUUAUGAAGAGUGCUUCAUUGAUCACCCAGAUGGUACCAGGGAUGUCCUUAUUCAUGGGACCAAAGACAGGAACAGAGCCUUUCACGGAGAUAUUGUGGCCAUCCAGCUGAAGGAUAAGAUGGAGUGGAGGGUUCAUGAGAAACAUCUGACGGAUCUAGAUGAAGAACAUCGACAAAGGAACGGUGAGGAAGAAGUGUCAAGCUCCAUGAAAUCAGGUGACGUUGCCACAGGUGCGACUGGGAACAGCACAAAUGUAAACAAUGAUGGCAGAAAAUCUGACAGCAAAAUGAACACCCCCAAGAAAAAGUACUUGUCCGUGCAGGGAGCUCUCACCAACAACAGCCCUGUGGUCAAAUCUCUGUUUCACUCUGAAGAAAAAGAUGAUGACCUGGAAAACAAGCUUUUGCAACCAACAGCCAGGGUUGUAGCAAUUAUAGAGAAGAGAAACAAUCGAGCAUGCACAGGAAACAUAAUGCUGAUGACAGACAAAAGCAGGGACUGGGCGUUCUUCAGACCCAUCGACUCCAGAAUGCCUCGCAUGAGGGUACCAAUGUCGGAGUGUCCCAAAGAUUUUUAUGAACGGCCGGAUGACCACAAGAACACUCUGUUCAUCUGUAGGAUUGUAGAUUGGAAGGACAAUAUGCAGGCUUUUGGGUCCCUGAUGAAGAGCCUGGGAGAGGCAGGAGAGAUAGAGCCAGAGACAGAAGGAAUGCUGAUCGAAAAUGAUGUGGACUUUUCAGAAUUUCCACAGGAGGCCAUAGACAGUCUGCCUGUCCAGCAAUUACCUUGGAGAAUUCCAGCGGAAGAAUAUGAAUACAGACGGGAUUUCCGAUCCCAAUGUGUAUUUACCAUUGAUCCCUCCACAGCAAGGGAUUUGGACGAUGCUCUCUCAUGUGAACAGUUACCUGAUGGUAAUUUUGAGGUUGGUGUCCACAUUGCUGAUGUUAGUUACUUCUUGAAGGAAGGAACAAUUUUGGAUAAAAUUGCAGGUCACAGAGCCACUAGUGUCUACUUAGUACAAAAGGUAAUUCCCAUGUUACCCAGAAUUCUUUGUGAGGAACUAUGCAGUUUGAAUCCUGAUGAAGAUCGACUAACAUUUUCUGUAGUUUGGAAAAUGUCAGAGAAAGGGGAGAUUUAUGAGGAGUGGUUCGGUCGUUCUGUGAUAAAGUCUUGUUGUAAAUUGGCUUACGAGCAUGCUCAGGGAUUCAUAGAGCAGCCAGACAAGGAAUGGACUAUUGAAGAGUUACCACCCAUAUCCGAAAAGUUCUCUGUGCAGCAGAUUAAGGAGAGAACUCUAAAUCUACACAAGAUCGCACAGAAAUUAAGGAAGAAUCGAGCAGACAGUGGGGCUCUGAGGCUGGAUCAGGUCAAGCUACAGUUUUGUCUGAACGAUGAGACAGGGCUUCCCAAUGGCUACAGUAUCUACCAGCAGAAGGACAGCAACAGACUGGUGGAAGAAUUCAUGUUGCUGGCCAACAUGGCAGUGGCCCACAAGACAUACAAAACUUUCCCCCAGAAGGCUUUACUGAGGCGUCACCCUCCCCCCAAAUCCAAGAUGAUGGAGGAUCUGAGAGACCUUUGUAAAUGCCUUGGGGUCCCCAUUGACAUCACCAGCUCACAGACUCUUCAGAGGUCUUUAUGGAGUUACUUAGGGAAUGAUGAAUUCUCAGGGGCCAGGAUGCAGGUGCUUGUCAGUAUGUGCUCCAAACCAAUGCAGAACGCUCUGUAUUUUUGCACCGGUUGCCUGGAGGAUGAGGAACUAUACAGACAUUAUGCCCUGAACGUCCCUCUGUACACCCACUUCACCAGCCCCAUCCGACGAUACGCCGAUGUCCUGGUACACAGAACACUUUCAGCUGUCCUAGGGUAUACUCCAGAAAUCAAACUUUCUCCAGUAGAGAUAAACAAACAGGCCCUGCAGUGUAAUGAGAAAAAGACCAACUCCAAGCGAGUCCAAGAAAUGUCUGUGGACCUCUACUUCUCGGUGUUUGUCAAGGAAGCUGGUCCCUUUGAAGAGAGAGCUAUGGUGAUGGGUGUAUAUGACAAGUCAUUUGACAUCUUCAUUCUGAAAUUUGGAGUCAGUAAAAGAGUUUACACUGAUAAACUGGACAUAAAGGACAAGACCUUUUUAAAAGAACAGAAGGAGUCAGUGUUGACCUUAAUCUGGAAUCCGGAGAAGGAGGGCGGGGAAAGUGUGCAGGAACAGGUCACCAUCUUCUCUCUGGUCGACUGUGUGAUGGCAGCAGGGGAACUCCCACUACAGUGGAUGGUCACAAUCAAACCACCCCACAAGAGAAAGAAGCAGCAGCCAGAAGCAGAAUUAAGUACUCAAAUGGACAAUCUGGAUCUCAGCUAAUCUUUAAACAGACAUAGUGCAAUGUAACUGAACCAUGAAUAUAUAUAUAUAUAUAUAUAUAUAUAUAUAUAUAUA